AUGGCGACGACGUGCUCGCUCCUUCCCAUGAAUAACAACUCCCUACCAUGCCUCCUCGUCGUUGUCCUCCUCGCUGUCUCCCUCGGCGCCGGCAGCUGCUCACCGACGACGGUUCAGCUGGUUGGCGGCGGCGGCGGCUACGUCGACGACAGCAGCAGCUUCGACAGUGCUACUGAUGAUCAGAUGAUGGAGCGGUUCCAACGCUGGAAGGUAGAGUACAACCGAAGCUACGCGACGGCUUCGGAGGAGCGCCACCGUUUCCAGGUGUACGCCGGCAACAUGCGGUACAUCCUGGCGAGGAACGGCGAGGACCCCUCGUACGAGCUCGGUGAGACGGAGUACACCGACCUCACCACCGACGAGUUCAUGGCCAUGUACACCACGGCCACGCUAGCGCUGGACGACGGCUUCGACGACGACGGCGACAGCAACGACGGCGGCGACGGAGACGACGACAGUGAUGGCGAUGAUGGCGGUGACUUUGACACCGUGAGCGGUGGCCAUGGCGGCCACGGCCGCCGUUGCGUCCGCCGUUGUGUCCGCCGUUGCAUCAUCACUGGCAAAAGAGGAGUAGUUGGCCUUGGCCACCGCAAGCGUUGCGUCCGCCGUUGCCGCCGCCGUUGCUACCCCGUCGUCAAGGAGACGAUCACCACUGGGUCGGGAAAGACGACAGUUCAUGGCGGCGGUGUGUUUGUGAACGACGAGGCGGCGCUGAUGAACGCGGUGGUGGCCGGCCGGCAGCAGCAGGAGCAGCCGGUGGUGGCCGUCGUCGCGAUCAGGGCCGGCCACCCGGACUUCCACCACUUCAGGGGGCAAGGCGUGUACCGAGGGCGGUGCGGCAGCAGGUUCAACCACGCCGUCGCCGUGGUUGGGUACGGGGAGGACGCGGCCACCGGGGAGAAGUACUGGAUCGUCAAGAACUCGUGGGGGACCAAGUGGGGCGACGGCGGCUACAUCAAGUUGAAGAGGCAACAAGUCCCCGCCGCCGCCGGCAGCCCAGCAGCAGCGGCAGCAGGGGGCUACUGCGGCCUCGCCGUCAGAGUCAGACCACCUUUCGUCCCAACCAUGACCAUGUGA